AUGAAUGUUUUCAUGUCUCUAUAAUAAUUAGACUAAUUACCAAGGGAUUUCAUAAAAAGAAAAAUCAUGAUCAACUUAGAAUGUAUAAACUAAUAUUGAUAAAACUAGAAACUAAAUAUAAGGUAAUUGAUGAAGCAGUUCAGCUGUUAGAAUGGAAGAUCACACCUUCUGAAGUUGAAUGCCAUAUCUUUUGGAAAGAUACUUAUGUAACUGAUGAAGAAUAUCGUCGUUUAUUACCAUACUAGAGAAUUAAUCAUUUUCCUGGAUCUUAUAUGUUAGGGAAAAAGAAUGAACUAUGUCGUAAUUUAAAUAGAAUGAGGAAAAUGUUUCCUGACGAUUAUGAUUUCUUUCCAAGAACAUGGCAAUUACCUUAUUAAAGUGAAGAGGUCAGACAAAAAUAGGGAAAAGCUAUCUUUAUUGUUAAACCAGAAGCAAAUUGUUAAGGCAGAGGAAUAUUUCUUACCAAAAAAUUAGAUCCAUUUCUUGAUAAGCACUAUGUAGUAUAAGAAUAUCUAAGUAAUCCAUAUUUAAUAGAUGGAUUGAAAUUUGAUCUAAGGUAUAAAUUUAUUAAAAUAUUAGAAUAUAUGUACUCCUAAAAUCUAUCUAUCCAUUGAAAAUAUUUAUGUAUCAAGAGGGUCUUGCAAGGUUUUCAACUAAAAAAUAUGUAAAACCUUAAAAGAAAAAUCUAGGAAGUGUUACAAUGCAUCUAACAAAUUAUGCUAUUAAUAAAAGAAGUAAAGAUUUCGUAUUCAAUAAUGAUACUAAUAAAGAUGAUGUUGGACAUAAAAGAUCACUGUCAUCUGUAUUGAAAGUAAUAAUAUGAAGUAUCCAAAGUAUUUACAAGAUCAAGGUCAUGAUAUAAAUUAAUUACUAAAUCAAAUAAAAAAAGUGAUUGUUAAGACUAUAUAAAGUGUAUAAGGAGAUUUGACUCAUCUAUAUAGAUCAUAAUAACAUAAUACCGAUGGCAUUGAAUAGUGUUUUGAAUUAUUUGGAUUUGAUAUUCUCUUAGACUCUUCCCUUAAACCUUGGUUACUCGAAGUUAAUCACACUCCAUCAUUUUCGACAGAUACACCAUUAGAUAAAAUUAUUAAAAGAAAUCUGAUUAGGGAUACCUUAAUACUUCUGGAUGUCAAAAAUAAACCCAAAAAAAUAUACUUAGAUUAAAAAAGAGCUCCUGUUUAUUAGAGACCAAUCAAAAUGAGUUUAGAGGAAAAAGAGAAAUAAUAAAUCAAAAUGAGUCUUUAUGAAGACAAACAUUUAAAUGGUUACAUCAAAAUCUAUCCUGAUGAAGUACAUUUAUAUCUAUUAACAGGAAGAUUAAAGAUUAUUAUGAAUAAUUUAUGCCUCCUAAACUUAAGGAAAGAGAUAGUAUGAUCAAUUAAUAGCUUGAAUAAUUUAAGAAUGUAGAAAGAGCAUUAAAAAACUAUAUUGAGGUUAAACCUUCAAAAUCAAAAAAUGCUAAAAGGCUAUCUACAAACUAGUCUUUAAGUGAUUUGGAUGGUUAAUCUUUGUAAUAAUUAACAGGAAGAAAUACUGUAAUUCCUUAGACUAGAGCUGUUUCUUAAUAACGUCCUUUUAGUAGCAUUACAACAAUAAAUAGAACAAUUAGUGCUGUAAGAAAGCCUGUCUUAUCAAAUUAAUACUAAAAUUUAAAUACAUCUUAAAAUUAAAAAAGAUUAGUUUACCCUUCGCCUGUAGAAUUUCACCCAAAACCUGUUUAUAAAAUGAUUCCUAUUAAAAACUUUAGUUUCUAGAAAAUUGAGAAUAAUCAGAAAAAUGAAUGA